ACUGAAGGAAUCCAAGCAAUUGCGAAAUGCGAGUCAAUGUAAAUGUACUGUAGGGUCUAGGGUUUAGGAUCUGUCAUGUUCCGAAAAUCAGAAGAACAUGGUCGCUUGAGAGCUCGAGAGUGGGGAACGAGAGCAUGGAAAUUCCCAGAGUUUCAGAGCACGAACUGAAGAAGUAAGUAAGGAAAUGAAUGUGACAGAUUCGGACCAGUGUUGAAUGAACUCGCAUUCUAUCUGAGCGCAAGGCGGAGGGCGGAUUUGUGGGAUUGGGUCGAUUGGGAUUUGGCGAGAAGGAAAGCUGGGUGGUAGGCGAUCGAGGCUGCUGAUGAUGGGGGCGUGCGUGAGGGGAGUGAUGAUGAAUCAGUCGACGCUGGGUCUGGCGCCCCGGCCGGAUUGCGUCACCAAGGCGAUGAAUGCUUCAUGGCGCUCUGCGGUUCCGGGGAAUUCUCCGACUUGUUGUUCGAGGGUGGUAUCGGCGCACAGCUAUAGGGGCUUUGGUAGCACGGCGGAGAAAGUCAAGAGGUCGGAAUGUACUGUGCUCGGGAAUACCAUUUACGGGCUGCAUGUUGUCGAUCACUGGGCCUCCAGACACGAUCUUCAACCCUGUCGUGCAAUUCUUCAGGACGAUGUGACUGCUUCGGAAGCAACGGCCGAAGUGAUCGAUGGGAAGAAGAUUGCUCAGGAUGUUCGACGGGAGAUUGCUCAAGAGGUGUUGAAGAUGAAAGAGACAGUGGGUAAGGUUCCUGGGCUUGCAGUCGUGCUAGUAGGGAACCGCACAGAUUCUGCUACAUAUGUACGCAGUAAGAAGAAAGCCUGUGAAGAAGUCGGAAUUGCGUCGUUCGGUGUCACUCUGCCUGAAGAUGCGAGUGAACAAGAGGUUUUGGACGCCGUUAGCAAGUUCAACGAUGAUCCAUCCGUUCAUGGGAUACUUGUGCAACUUCCUCUUCCUAAGCAUAUGAGCGAAGAGAAGGUUGUUGGGGCCAUCAGCGUGGAAAAGGAUGUGGAUGGAUUUCAUCCUUUGAAUGUGGGCAGAUUGGCUUUACAAGGCAGGACACCGCUCUUUGUGUCUUGUACUCCUAAAGGGUGCAUUGAGCUUCUGCUUCGCUCUGGAGUCGAAAUAGCAGGCAAGCAUGCUGUUGUUAUCGGACGCAGCAACGUCGUGGGUAUGCCUGCAGCAAUUUUGCUCCAGGGGCACAACGCGACAGUGACUACUGUGCACUCCCGCACUCCAAAUCCGGCCGAAGUGACAAGAUCUGCAGAUAUUGUCAUAGCAGCUGUUGGAGUUGCACAAUUGGUUCGUGGUGAUUGGAUCAAGCCUGGUGCGGUAGUUAUUGAUGUUGGAAUUAACUCCGUUGAUGAUCCCUCGGCGAAGAAAGGCUAUCGAUUAGUAGGAGAUGUCUGCUACGCAGAGGUUGCUAAAGUAGCCUCAAAAAUAACUCCUGUUCCCGGAGGAGUGGGGCCAAUGACCAUCGCUAUGCUCUUGCAGAAUACUUUAGAAUCUGCAAAGCGGACCUUCGACUUGUAGAUGAAAUGUAGCGGAUUGACUGGUUAGGUGUAACUUUUAGUUUUUCACCUCUCAAUGAGUUGAGGAAAGCUCGAAAAGGUGAAGGGCGGUUGAAGGAUAGAUGGGUGGCCACUCGCCUGGAAAAGCAUGUCACCUGCCAAUUUAUCAGGAGAAACGAGGCUCCUACAGGUGGUCCACAAUCUGCCAAAUCUCUACUUUGAGUUGUAAAUGACAGGCGACAACAAUUUUGAUGGAGCCUUUACCGAAAAUCUUACUCGACCGAAAGGGCGGUUUAUAGCUUGCUACUCAUAACUUCCAUUUCUCUGCUUGCCAAAGCUGAGCCUUUAUAAUCCCGUGUGUGAGCUGUAGUCAGAGAUAGCUGUAAGAGGUGCCCACAUUUUGGAGACAUUUUACGUCUGGAUGAUGAUGGAAGCUGCAACCACUUGACCGCUGGUAGGGUUAGCAUGCUGCAGUGUUGAAUGUCCCCGUCGGUCACACAACUUUUCACCUCGGUGAGAAAAAUCGUUGCGCUUCCGUGACGACCGAGGUUCUAUGCUCGUUGCAGAUUGUCUUCGCCCCAUCAGAUUAUCAAAAGAUUUACCACAACGCUCCAACACCCUUUCCUAUCCCACCCUUAUCUAUAAAGUGCCGGCCAAUGGCACUCCCCGAGUGCUUCAAUCGUUUGUCGUCCGAGUGGAAACCGCUUCUCAAAUAUUACACGGAAGAGAAAGCAAUCCAUUCCGUUUUUACGCCAAACGCAGAUCCAGAACAGAUUGCCCCGAGGGUUGACGAUCACUGAGGCCUGGGUCCGAGGAUCAUCGUCGAGCUUCGUCAUCCACACACCAUCGCGAUUGUCGCAUCAGAACGUCGUCUUCAGACAGACGUGAUUCACCGGAAACUGACCGAGAUGUCGUUGAAGGAGGAGGUCGUAGGGUCCAGGAAUGCUCCCGUGGCCUACGAAUACCUUACAACCGCCAGUUUUGUCAAACGAUGAGCGAGGAUUUUUUCGCCCUCGGAAUAAGAU